CAACGGCAGCGCGAGCACGUCUGUGCUAUCUGUCACACGACAUGCGGCGUCAGGACAGAUAAAUAUUUGUUGCUGCUGCUUGUUGGCAACCACUUCGUCCAAAUACUGAGGACGCGCUGAAUUCGGUUUGCCAGCCCCAUUCUAUAAAGUCGCGUUUGUUUGUGUGGAUUAAACGGAAGGAUUAUAUUACAAGAUUACAAGAGGAGGCUGUAUAUUCUGCUGAAGGGAUCACAUCUUUUGGUGAGAUAUAGGAAUGGUCCAGGGCUGAGAGGCCCUGCAGAUGAGUGACAUGAACCUUCUCAAUGCCUGAGUGACCUCACAGAGGGAGUGAUUUCUCAGUUCAAAAUGAUGAUGCAUAAGCCAUCGGCCCGCACCUCCCCGGGCAGUGUGUGUUCUCUCCGUGGAGGGGCAGUUCAUGGAUCCCCAGCGGUCACUAUAGUGGCCAAAAUGGACAAUCAGGUGAUUGGCUAUAAGGAUCUUGCAGCUAUUCCGAAAGACAAGGCUAUUCUAGACAUCGAGAGACCCGACCUUAUGAUGUAUGAACCGCACUUCAGCUAUUCACCAAUGGAUCACUCAGAGAAGUCAUUGUCUCCUUCUAUUUCGCUCCCUCCAUCUCCAGAGAACCUCCCUACAAGAUUCUCUGUGUACUUGCAGAACAGUCUUAUAAAGGAUGCACGGGACUGGUCAGAGCUCAAGUCAUCUGGCAGCUCGUCUCCAGCCUCCAUGCAGUUGAGUAAAAGCAUCACGGUCAGCACAAAAGUCCCACACCAGCAACAGCACUUCCACAGGCCAGGCAAUGGAACCAACAUAUACAAGAAGCCACCUAUAUAUAAACAAGAUGUGUCAGCAGCAGUUCCACACAGUAAACACAUGGAGGAUUUAAUCAUUGAGUCGUCCAAGUUUCCUGCUGCGCAGCCUCCAGACCCAAACCAGCCCUCAAAGAUAGAGACAGACUACUGGUCCUGCCCACCAUCACUAGCUGUUAUAGAGACCGAGCGGAGGAAGAUUAGGGCUACUGUAUCUAAAACAGCUGAGGGAGAGGAGGGCGAGGAGGAUGAUACGUAUGAUGACAGUGAUCUUUCAGAUGACAUGUGGAGACUCCGACAAAUGCAGAAACAAGAGCUCAACAAGAUUCAGUCUAAUCUAGGAAAACUGAUACUAAAGGAGGAGGUUGAGGGAUCAGCCCCUGUCCGCAGGAAAACACGGUCACUACCCGACAGGACACCCAUGCAUCUGAGCUCCAGAUCCCCCUCAUAUCCUUCCUCCACUAAGUCUGGCCUUACAAGGCUCCAGUCUGCAGAGUUCUCCUCUUCAAACAGUGAUAAAGGGAGUCAAAAUUUUCAGGUAAGUGAUACGUUACAUUACAAUUACAUUACAAUUUAUGUUGUUAAUAGAUGUUUUCUUACCAAAGUUGAAAGUAUGAAUACAUAUAUAUUUUUAGUAAAUCAAACAAUUAUUUUUUUUUUUUUCACUGACUGGAAUGGUGAUGCUCAGAGCAGAAGGAUAGACAGAGGGAAUUCACUCCCCAGUAUGCUGGAACAAAAGAUUUAUCCAUAUGAGAUGCUCAUUGUGACACACAGAGGAAGAAAUAAACUUCCACCUGGAGUAGACAGGACAAGACUGGAGAGGCACCUGUCACCUGAAGAUUUCCAGAAUGUCUUUGGAAUGUCCAUUGAGGAAUUUGAUCAUCUCUCCCUUUGGAAGCGGAACGACCUGAAAAAGAAAGUCUCCCUGUUCUAGUAGUUUUUACAAGCACUGUCACACGCAUUUUCGCUUGUGGAAAAGUACAGAUGACAGAAGUUACUUCAGAAUGCAAAGGAAAGUGUAUGAAUGUGAUAUGAGGAAUGUUAUUUUGGAACCAGCAAAAAAUCAGUUAUCCUUAUCUUUUGAUAAGUCUCAUAUCUGAUUGCAGCUAUUUACUCAUUAAGUCCUCAAACAAUCGUAUCCAACUCUUUUUUCUCUCUCUCUCUCUCCCCUUUUCUCCCCAAUUUGGAAUGCCCAGUUCCCAAUGCGCUCUAAGUCCUCGUGGUGGUGCGGUUACUCACCUCAAUCCAGGUGGCGGAGCAUGAAUCUCAGUUGCCUCCACAUCUGAGACCGUCAAUCUUAUCACUUGGCUUGUUGAGUGCAUUACCGCGGAGAUGUAGUGCGUGUGGAGGCCCACGCUAUUCUCCACGGCAUCCAUGCACAAUUCACCAUGCGCCCCACUGAGAGCGAGAACCACAAAUUAUAGCAACCACGAGGCAGGCACUCCAGGGGUGGUAGUCAGCAUCAGUACUCGCUGAGCUACCCAGGCCCCCCCCCGUAUCCAACUCUGUUGUCUCUCUUUCUGGUUGCAGCUACAAUGUCAGGACUUCAAAGUUAGCAUUAAAGUCCUCUUCUGUGCUUUGUAAAGCUAGAAUACUAAACACAGAUAUGAAUGCCACCAUUAGACAAGAAAGGCAAAUAUGAAUUGCGCCAGUUAUUUUAGCACAUCAAAGUCUUGCAGAAAGAUGCAGAACUAGUUAACAAAAAUGUCUUGAUUAGCCAGCAAGAACAUGUUCAGUACAAAGUCACUGCCACACUUUUAAAUCAUUAUGUGCAAAGUAUGAACUAAAUAUAGUGAAUUGCCACAAGAAAAACCUUCAGAAUAUUCAUAAAACCAGCUAUUACUUAUGAUUAUAAAAAUGUCAACAAUUUAUACUAAAAACUCAAUCGCAAGACACAUGGAACACCCUUCAUUCCUUAAACCUUUAGCCAAAAAAAAUUAAAUUCUGUCAUCAUUUACUCACCCUCAUUUUGUUGCUUUCUUGCGUGGAACAGAAAAGGAGAUGUCAGAAAGAAUGACAACCCCAGUCACUAUUCACUUUCAUUGCAUCCUCUUUCUAUACACUUAAAGUGAAUGGUGACUGAGGCUAACAUUCUGCCUAACAUCUCUUUUUGUGUUCCAUGCAAGAGAGAAAGUUCUAUAGGUUUUGAAGAACAUGAGAGUGAGUAAAUGAUGACAGAAUUAACAUUGUUGGGUGAACUAUUCCUUUAACACCUAUAGUACCAAUGCAGAUGCCAGCGGUAUGACAUGGCAACAAUUCCCAUGGCAACAGUUGAUUCUGGGUGAGAGUUUGCCAUUCCAAAGAGAGCUACUGUACAUUAGUAAGAGUUUACUCAGUAUUAAAUAUGAGACAUAUGAAACCUGCAUGGCAAAUGUAUCCUGCUUUUACUUCAGUGAUGAUUGAUUGUGAAUUGUGGGUGUGAUCAAUAUGUCUCCUCUUCUACAGAAUCUAUUGAUUGAAGAGUUUCACUCCUAUUGUUUUUUUCCCCCUUUUUCCCAUUUUGCUGCUAUUGCCUUUUCAAGCACCUUUACCAUUUUGGUUCUAUCCUCUUUUCUUCUUGAUGGGUGGAUGUUUAUUAUAGUGUUCCUGUUUUAUAGGAUAAGGAUAGGUUUGGAUAUAAAGGGAUUUCAGAAGUUAGCACGUAAUGGCUGCUGCUUGCCUGGUGGUUUGAUUUUGCAGCUCUGGUUUUUGCCUUCAAAAGGUUUAUAGUUGAGACAUAUUCUCCUUGCCCCCUUUUAAUCACCGUUUCUGUGGUGUUGAACUCUGGGGGAAAUUUGCACACUAACAAUCAAUUUUUAAGGAAUAGUUGACAUUCCAAACCCAUAUGACUUUCUUUUUUUUAGUGAAACUCAAAAGGGGACAUUUCGAAGAAUGUACUGGUUGCUCUUUUACAUGCAAUUACAAUGAAUGGGGACCGGAGCUUUCAAGCUUAAUAAAUGAUGCAAAGCAUCAUUAAAGUAUCAAAACGUGGUCCAUAUGACUUAUGCGCUAGAUUCCAAGUCUUCUGAAGUCAUACGAUAGUAUUCGUGAGUUCAUGAGAGAAGUAGCGAUGUCUGAUGUUUUAACAAAUUAUUCUGACCGAUCAAUCAUUUCAUUGCAAAACACAAAGAACCAAUCAGGUUUUGGGUGAACUAUUCCUUUAAUUUCCUUUUAUUGCUCCAGACCAAAAUGAAGUGCUUGAUCAGCCUGAUCUCAUGAACAUUUAGUGACUGUGGCAACAUUUUUGCAAAACAAAAUUACGUACCUUGUUAAACAUUUUGCGGCAGUUUCCCAGUAAAAUGUCCAGCGGAGGGCGCCAAAAGCAAGUUAGAUGGUGUCGUGAUCAGAUGAUGUCAUUAGGAUUUUUAGGGUGAAUAUUAGAUGGAGGUUUUAAUGAGUAAAUGUACCUCCCUAACAUAAAACUUUAACCUAAACCUAACUAAUAGUGUCCUAAAAGCAAAUGAGAGGUAAACAAAACAGACAUCCUUACCCUAAACCAACACUUAAACCUAAACAAUAGUAUCCAAAAAAAACUAAGAAAUAAAAAGCACAUUUUCUCAAGCAACGACAUAAUCUUGUGUCGCUUCUAUGACAUUCACAUGUCAUGUGCCAGCUUGCCUGGGCUUGAACCGCUGACAUUUGAGUCCAAAGUGCAACAUUAUGUUGUGAGCUGCUGCGGAAGCUAAUCAUGUUGGAAUACGUGUGGAAAUGCAGAGUCUGUAAUACAAUCAUUUUUCAAAUGAUUCGUUAUAGUAAGUGUUUGGAUAUCGUAACAUAGCAGUGUGUGAGUAAUAGUGUGAAAAAUUAAUGUUUAUAUAGUCAUAAUGCGCCUCUAGUGUUAAUUUCACCAGGAAACUGUGGCAAAACGUAAAAUGCGGCACAUUAGUUUGCAAAAAUGUAGUUAUAGUAACAUUCAUUCUGUAAGAUUAGGUUGGCUUGGAUAGAGUGCAUGCUCUGCACCUAGAGUUUGCAUUUAUCAAAACAAAAGGAAUGUAGUAAGAACAAAAUAAUCAUUAUAAGCAACAUGCAUAUCAACUUGAGAAUGUAGAACUACAAAAAUAGACAUUCCACAUUCCGCUUUGUAGAAGCACUGCUUAUAUAGAAAUAUGCAGCUGCACUGGCAAGAGAGAUGUCUGUUGACAAUACCAUAAUACUGAUGUAUUUGCUGUUUAAAUAGCUUGCUGCCAUCAAUAGGCUGUUCAACAGAAUACAGUAUGUUGAGAUGUCGAGAACGCAAUGUAAUACUGGUCCUUUAAUUCAAGCAUUCCUCGCACCUCUGCUGUUGAAAAUGAUUAACGUGUUGGAAAGGGCACAAACUAUUUAAUAUUCAUCAAAAUACUCAAAAGCAUUUAUAUGAUUUUUUUUUUUUUCAAUGGCUGCUUAAAUUUGUUUCUUUGGUCCAAAAUUUCAUUGUGGCUUCAGAAGUCAAAGUUGGAAUAGUUUUUACUUGGAAUAUUUUACAGAAAGGCACGCAUUACCAGAUUAAAGCACUUGAUUCACUGAUACACACUCAAACAAUGGAUGUUAUCACAGUAAGAAAAUAUGCUCUUUUCAACCACAUAACAACACAUGUACAUGUCGCAUUACAAGACAAAUUGUUCAAAAUAUGAGCAAGUAUUCACACAACUGAUCUUUCUCUACUUCAUGAAGUAUCUAGUUCUUUUUUACGUGAAAGUGUGAUGAAUGAAAAAAUAAACUGAAUCUACAAAAAUGAGUGUACAUUGUAAUGAUUUUGUUAUUAGUUGUGGUAUUAGUUUUGUUUUAUUGUUUUGAUUUAUAGUGGUUUACUAAUUACUUAAUUAAAAGAUAAUUUCAAUGAAUAUUCAAUAAAUAAAAUCAAUAAAGUUUUUGAUUUCA